AUGCAGAUCUUUGUGAAAACCCUGAUGAGCAAGACCAAAACACUUGAGGUCGAACCCAGUGAUACUAUCAAGAAUGUCAAAGCCAAAAUCCAGGACAAAGAAGAGUCCACUCUGCACUUGGUGCUGUGUCUUCAAGGGGGCAUCAUUGAGCCUUCCCUUUGUCAGCUGGCCCAGAAGUACAACUGUGACAAGAUGAUCUGCUGUAAGUGUUAUUCCUGCCUGCACCCCCGUGCUGUAAACUGCUAUAAGAAGAAAUGUGGCCACACCAACAAUCUGCACCCCAAGAAGAUCAAAUAA